AUGUUGCACGAUCUCUUGCCCUACCAGUAUAAGAAGAAACUCGCCAAUACUGAGGCCCGCAUCGAGAACUUCGGUGAGGAUCUCGCCGAUUCUGUGGUACUUGCUACAGUCAUUCGCCAGAUCAAAGCGAACCCUGAGCUAGAAAAUAUCGCGUUCAUCGAAAACCUGAACGCACGUGCGCAGGUUAUUGCGACCACCGUGAACUCCAUGUGUUCGAAUGUUGGAGGUUCCACAUGGGCGUCUGCUGAGGACAUUCAGAACGGAAACCAAGAAAACGUGGAGGCUCUGGUUGCUUCGCUGUUCUAUAAUUUUCUGUCCAUCAACAUGCCCACUGAGGCAGAGAUUGACGAGCUGUACAAGGACAUCGAUGGCUUCAAGGAGCAGCUACGCAGCUGCCGCGUGUGCCGCGAACAGUAUCUUGUGAAGAUCAAGUGGUUGGAGAAUGAUGUGGAAUCUCUCAACCGCCGCAAGGAAGAGUUGGAGGCUGGUAUCACCGAGAGGGAGGGCGACCACGCAGACACUUCGGCCAGAUGUGAGGCUAUGGUGACGGAGAAGGAAGGCGAGAUGAAACGUAUUGCCGAGGCUAUCACCAUGCUGGAGAACGACCUAACUAACAAGCUAGAACAGCUUACCACAAUCAACAAGGACCAAAAAUCCAUGGAGGAAAGCAAAGACGCGAUCGUCCAAGCCAACAAAAACAGAAUAUUUGAACUCGAGGGUAAGGUAGCUGCACUCAAGGCUGGUAACACGCACAUGAAAGAUCUCCUCGAUGGGAAGGGCACGAGUGCUGCCGAACUACAGGCAGCCCUUGCGCUCAGCGCCAAAAUGAGUGCCGAAAAAUCGCGCGUCGUGAUGGAGUACCUAACCAAGGUCGGAAAUCUUCUAGACACCAUCAUCGAGCAAUUGCCCGAGAGACACUGCGCGGACCACACUGGGUCAGCCGACGGAAGUGCCACGGACACUACGAACGACUCUGAAAAUACCACAGAAGGCACAGUGAGUGCAGAAGGUAAUGCAAUACCAAGAAGUGAAUCUGUGUCUGAGGUGAACGGAGACUAUCUGGAGGAGAAGGCCCGUUUGCGCCAGAAUCGUGACUUGCAGAUGAAGGUGUUGGAAGGCUUGGCAGAGCAGUUGAACGAGGGCAAGCAGAAGACAGCCGACCACAUCGAAAACGAGAGAGUCCGCCUUGAGGAACUGCAGCGUGCGGUUGCUGACUACCUUCAGGAGGGACAAGCCGAUGCAAUGGAUGGCAUCGCAAAUAUGAAGCGAUUCCUAGGACUGAUGAUUGAGAAGGCGAAGAAACAGGCAAUGCAGAUUGGUACCCUCGAGUUCACCAUCGAGAAGAAGAAUCAGCUGAAUGACGUAAUGGCUGAGAAGGUAAAGCAGAUUGCGGAGGAGCAGAUGAAGAAGGGCAAUAUUCUUAAGAACAUGAAGCGCAAUCGCCGCACGUCAAAGCGGAACACCGCCGCCACCGGAAGCGAGUAAAGAGAAUUAGUGGCAGGACUUCUAAUGAACAUAUAAGAUGCGUCCUUAUCAACGCAACGCAAGACAAGUGUAUAGUAUACAGGUAAUCGCAUCGAUCAAAUGAUAGUCUGCCGAAACCGAACAGCAGCUUGAUUCGAAAUAAAAUUGCUCGUCUUGACAAC